CGCCGUCGCCGCCGCCGCCGCGCUCAGGCUCGAGUUCCGCGCACUCCCUCCGCGGCCGCUGAGCCGAGCGGACGCCCUUCGGGGCCGCGCCGCAGCCCUCCGCGUUCCCCUCUAUCAUGCCCCGGGCCCGGGCGGCGGCCGCCCAAGCAGCCAGGACACCAUGCCGGAGGGUGGCGGUGGCGACGGCGGGGAGGUGCCCGCGCUCAUCCCGGACGGCGAGCCUCUGAGGGAAGAGCAGCGGCCCCUGAAACAGUCCCUGGGAAGCUCCCUGUGCCGCGAGUCGCACUGGAAGUGCCUGCUCCUCACGCUGCUCAUCCACGCCUGCGGUGCCGUGGUGGCCUGGUGUCGCCUGGCCACAGUGCCACGGCUGGUCCUGGGGCCCGAGGCGGCCCUGGCCCGAGGGGCCGGGGGCCCACCGCCCACCUACCCAGCCAGCCCCUGCUCCGAUGGCUACCUGUACAUCCCACUGGCCUUUGUCUCCCUCCUCUACCUCCUCUACCUGGCCGAAUGCUGGCAUUGUCAUGUCCGGUCAUGCCAGGCGCCGCGCACUGAUGCCAACACCGUGCUUGCCCUGAUCCGCCGGCUGCAGCAGGCACCACCCUGUGUGUGGUGGAAGGCCACCAGCUACCACUACGUGCGGCGCACCCGCCAGAUUACCCGCUACCGCAACGGCGACGCCUACACCACCACGCAGGUCUACCAUGAGAGGGCCGACAGCCGCACUGCUCGUGGCGAGUUUGACUACUCAGCCCACGGGGUCCGCGAUGUCUCCAAGGAGCUGGUGGGCCUGGCUGACCACGCGGCCACGCGGCUGCGCUUCACCAAGUGCUUCAGCUUCGGCAGCGCCGAGGCCGAGGCUUCGUACCUCACCCAGAGGGCCCGCUUCUUCAGCGCCAACGAGGGCCUGGACGACUACCUGGAGGCCCGGGAGGGCAUGCAUCUGAAAGACGUGGACUUCCGCGAGUCCCUCAUGGUCUUCGCCGACCCGCGCAGCCCGCCCUGGUACGCGCGCGCCUGGGUCUUCUGGCUGGUGUCGGCGGCCACGCUGUCCUGGCCGCUGCGCGUCGUGGCGGCCUACGGCACGGCCCACGUGCACUACCAGGUGGAGAAGCUUUUCGGCGCCAGCUCGCCCCCGCCCGGGGCCAUGCCCAGUGGGCCCCCGCUCUCACGUGUGGCCACGGUGGACUUCACCGAGCUUGAGUGGCACAUCUGCUCCAACCGGCAGCUGGUACCCAGCUACUCAGAGGCUGUGGUCAUGGGCGCUGGCUCGGGCACCUACCUCCGUGGCUGCCAGCGCUGCCGGCGCUCUGUCAGCAGCAACUCGCUGCCUCCAGCCCGGCCCAGCGGGCCCCGCCUGCCUUUCAGCCGCAGCCGCCUCUCGCUGGGAGCUGGGGGCAGGGCCACACCGGGGGUCUUCCGGAGCCUGAGCGGGGGGCCACUGGGGCGCCGUGGGGAGGACACGGAGCCCCUGGAAAGCCCACCGUGCUAUGAGGACGCCCUUUACUUCCCGGUGCUCAUUGUCCAUGGUGACAGCGGCUGCCAGGGGGAUGGGCAGGGUGCACUCUGAGACCCACGUGGCCCCCUGAGUGGCCCUCUCCCCACCGCCCCACCACCGGCUUUGAUGCCUGAGUACUUGUUGUCCAAAACAGGAGGGAAAACAGACCAGCACACAAUGGGUGGGGGUGGGGGUAGAGCCCUUAAACAGACUAACAUGCAGUGAUUGUGGUCAUUUUGGGGGCAAAUGGACACCACCGAAGUUGAGUCUAUGAACCGUCCCAGCAUGGCUCCCUCUCCACCACCACCGCCAUGUUCCACCCCCUGUGAUGGCAGACGAUCUAGCUUGGAGGCCUCUCAGGCAGGGCAGGGAAGGAAGUUUCCAGAAAGCUUGGGAAGGGGGAGGAGUCCUGGGGACAGCUGUUUCCUGCAGCAGAGGGCUGCCUGUGGACUCUUCCCUGAAUGGCUGAGGCCACAUUGGGAGCCCUCGGGCAACCCAGAAGCACAAAUUGGUGGUUUGGGGCUGUGCCGAGCUUGGCUGGCAUCCACGAACCUGAAGAGCUAUGGCAACACCGCGGCCUCAGCCCCUACCCUCCCAAAGUCCCCAUCCUCCUUCCCUGACAGGCCCCUCCUGGCCUGCCCUCUGGCCUCUGCUCAGGGCCAGUCCCUGAUCAGACCCUGUGGUGCAGCUGCUCUACUGGGAGCCUGGUUCUUGUAGCACAGCCUUGCCCCCUCCGCCGCCCACCGUUUCCCCUGGUACACCCUCUGCCACAUCCAGUUACCCCUGUAACCCAGGGUUCCUUCUCAUGGCCCCACCUCAAUUCCAUAUGCUCUGGUCUCUGCUUCUGCCCUCUGAAGUCCACGUCUGCCUCUUGUCAGCCACGCACACACCCUCCGGGCUAUGUCCUCUCAUUGUCCCACCCCGCCCCGACCUCUCUGCUCUUCGCCUUCCUGAUGACCCACGGGGCUCAGGGCUACAGGGCAUCUGAGGGGCCUCAGUCUGAGCCACAGCCUCUUGGACGAUGCCUUUGUUCUUCCAUGGAGGUCCCAGCUUCCCCCAUAGGUGGGGCCUGGCCCAGGGGACACCAUCCCUCCCCCAGGGAGGAGAGAAUAGUCCCUUCCCUUCCAACUGGGGCUUCAACCCCUCUCAGGGGCCGGUGGGGGAGGGAGGAGGGAGAAGAUGCAGAUAAAAUAAAAGGUAUGAAAUGGAA